AUGACCGGUAGAAAGAAAUAUAGGCCAAAAGUUGUGGAUACUAGUGAAAAAAUGAAGAGGAAGAAAAGCUGUAAUGAUCCUCCCUCCUCCUCAUCGAAGAAGAAAUGUAAUCAUCCUUCCUCCAUGGAUCCAACUGUUGAUCCCACCUCCUUCAAUCCAGUUGAUCUCACUGUUAAUCAUCCACCAAGUUCAUCCAACCCCAUAUGCAAUGAGGAAAUAUCUUUCUUCAACAAACAUUGCAAACUGUGGUAUGAGAACUACAUUAAUUAUAGGCCUUUGUUAUUGGAGAGGGGUGUUUUACUAGAUCAAUUAAAAGAGGUAGGAUGUGAUGUUAUUUUUUCUCUUCAUCAAUGGAAUUCUACAGUAGAUAUCAAGAAGACGGAUAAAGCAUAUAAUACAUUGGUGAAGAUAUUUUAUUCUAAUAUGCAUGAUAUUGAUAGAGAUGAUUACAAGUUUAAGUCCCUUGUGAGAAAAAUUAUGGAGGAUUGUGGAGUUGUGAUUCACUCAAGCGACACUUAUUCCACUCCCAUGAAUCCAAUUUAUGGUGGGACAAUAAAGAAGAGUUUGGGGCAAAGGAAGAAGAAUAAAACUCAGCAACCGCAGCCACAAGUCGAGAAUGAAGUUGAAGUUGAGGAUGAUGAAGCCCAAACCCAGGAUGUCCCAAAUUCUUCCACCAUUGGUGUCCUAAAUUCUUCCACAACUGGUGUCCCAAAUUCUUCCACAACUGGUCUUCCUCUUGAUGCAUUGCAGAAUGGAGCUGGUGCUUUGUUGCAAUCUGUUCUGUGUACUGGUGCAGUUUACUGA